AUGCAUUCAUUAUUGAAUCACACAGACGUUUUUGCUUCCGGACAAUUGAAAUACUGGAUACAUUAUAUAUGUAUUUAUAUAAAUACCAGUGCAUUUCAAAGGUAUAUAUGUGAGUUAUUUGAAAAACUCCGGAGCUCGUUAACUUCAAGUAUAUUCCAUUGUAGCAAUCAAGUUGAACGUAUAUCAUACAUUCUUAUUCAUAUCGUAUAA